AUGGGCAGAACUAGUUUGGCUUGCUCUAGACAUCUGCAGUUGAGCUGAAUGGGAGCAUAGGAGAGAGCAAGAGGUUUUGGUCCCUUUAGACAAUACCUGGUUAAUUCUAGCUGGGAAGCAGUGAAGGAACUGUCCAAGAAAGGCCUGGGUAAAAACAUUGAUCUCCAUAUCAUGCAGCUGCCUGUGGUUUACCAAAAAGCAAAGGAGCAAGUCUUCAAGAUAUGGACAACUCUACAGCCACUGCUUACUGUUCAUGUUGGGCUGGCUUCAUCCGCCAAAGCACUCAUCAUCCUUGAGCAGUGUGGGAAGAACAAAGGCUACCAAGAGAUGGAUGCUUGUGGUUUGCACCCAGAAGGCGGCUGUUGCAUGCUAGAUGGCCCGGAAAAGAUUGAAUCUACAAUUAAUAUGAAGACUCUCUGGAAAAACAUUUCUGUGGAAGGGAUUGAUAUCAUCUUUUCCAGAGAUGCGGGAAGGUAUAUCUGCGAUUACACCUACUACACCUCUCUGUACUAUGGCGAUGGAAGAGCUGCUUUCAUCCAUGUCCCACCAUUAUCCAAGACAGUAACAGCAGAAUUUCUAGGAAAAGCACUACAGGCAAUUAUCUUAGAAAUGUUGAAACAAUGUAGGGAAGAAAGAGAGUAA